UUCAGCUUUCCCAGCGCAGCUGUGGGGACGCGGCCGGCACUAGGACCUGCCCGGAGCCUCUCGGCCGCAGCCGCUGCGGAGCGGACGAGCGCAGCCGAGCCGGGCUGGGAGCCCCGCACCGGCACCGGGCACGGCGGGGCCCGUGCGUGCCCCGUGCCCGCCCAUGCUGCAGCUCUACCCGGUCACGGCCUCGCUGCUCAUCGGCACGGCCAGGGCAGCGUGCGACGAGGAGCUGCUGGAGCGGGAGGGGGUCACCUUCUGCGUGAAUGUCACCCGGCAGCAGCCGUUCCCCGGCCUGCGGCGCGUCCGCGCCAUGCGGGUGCCGGUGCUGGACGACCCCGCCGAGGACCUGCGGCGCUUCUUCGAGCCGUGCGGAGCCGCCAUCGAGGCGGCCGUGCGCGCCGGGGGCCGGGCGCUGGUGUACUGCAAGAACGGCCGCAGCCGCUCCGCUGCCAUCUGCACCGCCUACCUCAUGAGACACCGGCAGCUCCCGCUCAAGGACGCCUUUGAGGCUGUGAAAACUGCCAGACCCGUAGCAGAACCGAAUGCAGGAUUUUGGUCUCAGCUGCAGAAAUAUGAAGAAGAAUUGCAGAUAGCAAAGCAGUCUGCUCUGCCAAGCAAAGAACUUAAAAAAUAGCAAGUGUGAAGAUACUUUAAAGAAAAUGAAGUGACUUGCUACAGACUUUAAAAAAAUGAAAAAAGGUCAUUUCCUAAAUCUCCUGUAUAUAAAACACUUUAUCCCCUUAACUGAGUUGAUGGUUCAUUAAAUUCAUCC